CAUGAGUGUCGUUUCCCCCUCCUCACAAUAGCGGCGACCAUGGACGAGCGUCCAAUGCUACGCGGCAUUUUCGCCUUCGAGGACGAAGAAACUCCGGAAUGGCGGCGCGUGGUCAUGUCCGAGACGUCGGGUGGCGUUCCGAAGUUCGCCACCAAGGCAGAGUGCGAGGACUUCAUCCGUAAACACUGCUGGCGAGGCUCCAAUCCGGACUUCCCCAAGCUGCAGCACGUCUUCUCCAUGCUUGUGGACUGGCAGCAGAUAAAAGAAAUCCUCAUCCCUAAAAUCGAGGAGUACGACCAGAAGUUCCCACUUGAACCAGCUCCUCAGAUCAGCGCCGACAACCGCUUCGUGCAGGGCGAGGGGCUUCCCAUCGCCAAUGACGUCGACUAUCGCGUCAAUAUGCCCUUCCACCAACAGACCAACCGCGAGUCAACGCACAAUACCCUGCACUAUCUGUUCUUCCAUAUGCGCUGUGGUAUCUUCGUAAUGAUCCGUCGCCGACGCGUUGUUAUCUUCGCACCUUUUGCAAACAAGGACUACGAGAACAAUUGGGGGCAGAACGUGACCUUCGACAGCUCGGACGGCAGCAUGUUCGCCUAUUACCGGGAGAAACAGCGCUACUACCGACGCGAGAACAUCAUUCCAGACGUGAAGAAGUGGUGGGCCAAUGGCAACAUCAUUUGCAACGAACACUGCAGGUAUCGCAACAAGGAGGACGAGACGCAGUAUUGGGGAGACCAGUUCCUUACGCAGCUGCGAGACAUGUUAGAGGACGCGUGCAAGCACCGCAACAUUCCAGACUGCGAGUUUUUCAUCAACAAACGCGACUACCCGCAUUUAAAGGAAAACUUGAGCGAGCCGUACGGAUUCCUGUUUGAUAAAAACGACCGCAAUCCCGACGAAGAUAUUCCACUCACAGAGCACCGCUACUCUACGUAUGCGCCGAUCAUGAGCUUCUACGUGUCGAAGCGCUUCGCGGAUAUCCCGUUCCCAUGUUCAGAGGACUGGGAGGCAGCUACAGGUCUUGUGUUCCCGCAGUCAUUCAGACAUACUCAUUGCGACCAGUGUCCGUGUCGUAACUCGGUCCAUUGCGAGAACGACUGGGAGUGUUUCUGUGAUGUUGGCGCCAACGGCAGGAAGAGACAUGGCAUUGAAGGCGCGCGUGACUUGUUUACUGCCAACAACUUUCGGAAGUUCUACAAACCUUGGGAAGACAAGGUAAACACUGCCUUCUUCCGUGGUAGUGCGACUGGUGGCGGCACAACAAUUGAAACCAAUCAACGUCUUCAUUUGGCUCACCUCUCGAACACGUGGAAGAAGGAUUCGACGAUGAACGGUAAGACCGAGAGCGAUGCUGCAGGUGGAGACCAAGAGCUGGUCCCUCUGCUCAACGCUGAAGUUACGACGUGGAACCUUCGCGAUAAGAAAAUUGCUGGCAAGCCUAUGACAUUCUUACGUCACGAGGAAUUCAUCUUUGAAGGUGGACGCCAGCAUUUCAUUCCCAUCUACGAGCAGUCCAAGUUCAAGUAUAUUUUGUACGUUGAAGGUCACUGCGCUGCCAACCGCUACGCCUUCUUGAUGCGUCUGGGUAGUGUGAUUCUCAAAGUCGAGUCGCGCUGUGUUGCCGACGAGAUGUGGUACUACCCGAUUCUCAAACCGUUUGAAGAUCAUGUGCCGAUCAAGGCGGAUCUCUCAGACUUGGCAGAGAAAAUUCGGUGGUGUCGUGAGAAUGACGAAAAAUGCCGACAGAUUGCGGCACGUGCCAAUGAGUUGUAUGAAAAGUUCGUGUCGAAGGAGGCCAUUCAUGAUUACAUGGAAGUGAUCUGCAACCGAGUAGCACAACGCUUUCAAACAGCACCGAAAUGGUACACGCGUCCUGAGGAUAUUGACUUGAUGAAGAAGCCCGACUUUGGCCGUUGUCGCGGCAUGUGCGUCGGUGGAGCGACUCCGCGUUAUUGCAAGCGUUGUCUCGAGAUGAAGGAGGACGACGAUGAAACACGGGCGAAGCGUGAACAUGAGCGUGAAGAUACGCGGGAUAAUAAUCGUGGCGACUACUCCUACAACGGCUAUGGUCGAGACCGCGGCCGCGAUCGGGACCAUGCACGCGAUCGCUACAGCCGUAGUGACAGUCGAGGUGGUGACUAUGAUCGUCGAGACCGUGGAUACGGUGUUUCAGAUAGAGAUAGGCACAGCCGCGAGGGCAGGUCACGUGAGAGGAGCCCGAAGCGCCCGCGCAUUCAGCAAUGCCGUAAAUGUCGUCGUGCUAAAUCCGCCUGCCAGUGCAGUUUCCGCGGCCGUUAACCAAAAACCGAUAUGGGGCACUUCGAGAAAAAUUGUGGCCAAGGUCAUCGAAGCGCGACGUUUUUAAACUGGAGUCGAUAAACUUCUAUGCUUGCAGCUAGAAUUACCGCCUAGGCGAGCAACAAAUACUACUUGCUGUAGGGACAUUUUGGCACAGCUUAAUACUACUAGUAGUACUUAGUUGCUUCAAACUUGUUUGCAGUAGAUUUAAACUC